AUGGCGACACUAACUUUACCUCGGUUCCUGGAGAGUCCCAUCACAGCAACACCGGUGAGCCAGGAGGUAUCUGGCGUUUGCGCGGACAAGACCCACGUUUCCUCUGUGUCAGAUGGUGCUGCAAUCGGUGAUGCUGGCCAAGUACUGGACGGUGCGGCUGGAGACGAGCUUGGCUGUGUUGACGAAAAGCUCGGCACACCGGCAGAAACGGCCGUUCUUGCGGUAACUGAUGGCAUUGAUGACAUGUACCAGCCAGUCAAAGAGGACUAUACAGCUUUCGUCGCUGCUCAGGGAGGAGCCACUAACCCCAAAGGACGCUCGGACAUAGCGGUUUUCGAGAUUGCAGACGGUGGUGGCGUCUUCUCUGUUGGAUCUACAUGCUGGAUCCUUUGCUUGCCAUCCAACGGGGUCAAGAAUCACCCGGCGGUUGUUAUAGGCAAUGUAAUGAGAUGGUUCAUUUCUGGCGAUACUAUCGACGAUAGAGGAGGAUAUCUAGGGUUAAAGCAGUGA